UGGGACAUUUGUCAUUUUAUUAAAGCGUUAGCCAAGUUAAAGUCGCAGAGAUGACACUUUAUUUUGAUACAAAGAUUGAGUUUCUGGAUGUGGAUGCAGUGAGCACGAUUAGCAGCUGGCAUCCAAAUGAACCUUUGUUUGCGGUCGCUUCUUAUAGCCAGGAACGCGGUGGCAGCGUCACAAUAUUUGCGGACACGGGCGAGCCUCAGCGAGAUGUGACGUAUCCAGUUCACGCCACAUCGCAGGCGACGGCGCUCUGUUGGCAUCCGGAGAAGGCGCUGCUGGCCACGGGCUGGGAGCAUGGGGACAUUCAUGUGUGGUUUGCCGGACAUCGGGAAUUCGCCAGUGUCAGUGGUCCCCACAAGGCGGCGAUUGUUCUGUUGGAGUUCAGUGAACAGGGCGGGCGAAUGGUCACAGCGGAUGCAAUGGGUUUGGUUACUGGUUGGCGAUGCGAUGGCCAAUACCAAUUCCUUACCAUGUUCUCGCACGAUCUAAGGGAGGCUCUCCUGCUGAUCUGCUUUCGCCGCACCGUGGAGAGCGAGGUGCGCGAGGAGAUGGCAAGUUUGGCCAAGGCAGCCGUCGCUGGGGAUGAGAACGCACUCGAUACUCUCACCAACUGGCGUCCAAGGACUGCUGCUCGUGGUCACUCGACGGUGCGGGAUAAUCACUGCUUCUAUGCCUGCACCCAGGGCGGUGUCGUCUACUACAUUAACCAGGGCGGCAGCUGCACGGAGGUGAUGAAGAGUGGCCCCCAUCAGCCCUCCAUUGUCCAGAUGCUGUGGCAUCCCAAGAAAGAUGCUGUCAUCUGUCUGCUGGAGGAUCUGACCAUCAUCCUCUAUCUAGUCGAGUCUACGGGCAUUCUAACGGAGUUGGAUCGCGUUAAGCUCAGUGGGCGUGGCACUGGAAAGCAAGGAGCCAUCACCUGGACUGGCAACAGCCUGGCCAUCAUCACGGGUGAUCUCACUGUGCGCAUCUGGGAUAUUGAACACAGCGAUAACUAUUUGCUCAAGAUGGAUUUACCUAGCUCCAAUCUGGCGGGUGUAAGCUCAUCUCUGUCCAGUCUGGGGAAUGCCACAUCCUCCUCCAACAACAAUAACAACAACUCCACGGGCAACUUCUUCAGCCCGGAGAGCAGCAGCGAUGGCAACGCAAACUUGCCAAGAAAGGUCUCCAAAUAUACACAGCUCGCCUCCAAUGAGAUCUUUACCUGUCUGGCCUAUAGUAACAGUAAUCAAACCCUUUGUGCAGCCACAAAUUUGGGCAGUCUCUACACCUGGAAGCGCACGCUCUGCUGUUUUGUGGGUGCUCCCGAGGAUGCCUGGCAGUUGGGCAACAUAUCGACGCUGUCGCGUCAAGGAGCCGUCAAGAGUUGCACCUGGGGAUUCAAUGAGUUGAGUAAACCGUGCAUCUUGGUCAACUGUCUGUCGAGUGUCUUCAUGCUGAAGGAGCAGCCGCUGCUCGCCUCGCACACCCGCAGCCUGUGGGCCGUGCAGAGCUCGGCCAAGUGUGUCCAGUUGACGCACUGCAGCGGCAGACAGUGCACGGUGCAAGCGGACUUUGCAGUGACUGCAUUGGCACUCAACGAACUCAAUUUGGUGGUCAGCAAUGGACGCUCCAUCUCCUCGUACAGUCUGCAGAAGGUGGAAAAGAGUCUGGAUGAAUUUGAGGAGAUUCUCGAGGCAUCUGGCGCUGGUUCCACAUCCUCUCCAUCGCUUAGCAUCAAGUUGAUGCAGACAUUUGCCGCCGAGUGUCUUGCACUCUGUUUGCAGAAUCAAAACAUCUUUUGCCUCAACUCCAGUGACAUUGUUGUCUACUCCGUGGGAGGCGUAAUUCUUCACAGGAUUAUGGGCAAUGAUAUUGAAGGCAAGAUCAUUGGCAUGGAUUUAACUGGCUGUUAUCUAUCAGUCUUCACCAUGAAUGGCUAUGUGAAGGCUUAUGAUGUGACGCGUCAUGAUCCCAAGCUAUUGUUUCCCAGCAAGUCGGGUCAUGAGAUCUUUGAUGACUUUGGCGAGUUCAUUCUGGUCAAGUGCAACAGUUUGGGCAGUCAUCUGGCCAUGGUUAUAGCCAACAGCAGCUUUACGCCUUGUGCUGCCAUUUAUUGCUGGGAUUUUGAGCGCAAUAAUCUCUUCGAGUACAAUUUGACCAAAUCUCAGCCAGAAUCUGACUCCCAGUCAAGCAGUCGAUCAAGUCUGGCUGUGAGAAUCUUCUGGGAUACGGAGGAGCCACGUCUGCUGGCCGUGGAGGUCAAGUCAAUGAUUAUGCUGUUGCAGAAACCAAGUCGACAGCUUCAGACAACUCCAAGUCACUAUGUGGAAUCCCAGAUCUUGGUCAUGUUUUAUUCCGAGAAGAAUGAGGGGAAAUUAAAUGUUUUGGAGACACAAUCGAUAUCGCAAGGCGCUCAGCUUUUAAAUCUGUGCGUGCCCAGCGUUGUCUGUCUCCAAGUGAAUGCUGUCCAGGAGCAGGCACUGCAGGAUUUCGCCGAUCUCCAGCAAUGCGAUGCCGUCACUCGUCGUCAGGUGCUCAACUUCAGUCUGCAUGUUGCCGAGGGACAAAUGGAUUUGGCUUUUCGCUGUGUGCGCUCCAUUCACUCCAAGGUCAUCUGGACGAAUCUGGCCAAGAUGUGCGUCCACACGAAUCGCCUGGAUGUCGCCAAGGUGUGCAUGGGCCAUCUGGAGCAGGCGAGAUCGGUGAGAGCUCUGCGUCAGGCCAUGGAGGAUGAUGAUCUGGAGCUGGAGGCCAAGGUGGCGGUGCUGGCCAUCGAGCUGGGCAUGAUCGAGGAGGCCAAGGAUCUUUACAAGCGUUGCAAGCGACACGAUCUGCUCAACAAGUUGCUGCAGUCCACGGGUCAGUUGGAUGAGGCCUUGAAGCUGGCCGAGACCGAUGAUCGCAUCCAUCUGAAGCACACGUAUUAUCAAAAGGCGCAGGCAUUGCGGGAAAGUGGCGACAUUAAGGGUGCCCUCGAGUACUAUGAGAAGACACAGAAUCCCGUGCAGAAUAUCACACAAUUGCUCCUCGAGAAUCCCCUGGCCAUGAAGCGUUAUAUUCAAACAACUACCGAUCCCAAGUUGCUCAAGUGGUGGGGUCAAUACGUGGAGAGUUCCGGCGAUAUGGACGCUGCUCUCGCCGUGUACAGCAAGGCUGAGGAUUGGUUCUCCCAGGUGAAGAUACUCUGUUAUCUGGGCAAGAUAUCCAAGGCGGAUGCGAUUGCCCGACAGUCGGGAGACCGGGCCGCCUGCUAUCACCUUGGACGACACUACGAGAACGUGGGCAAGUCAGAGGCGAUCAUGUUCUAUACACGGGCGCAGACUUUCAGCAAUGCGAUACGCAUCUGCAAGGAGAACGAUUUCCAGGAGGAGCUCUGGACGGUGGCCAGUUCAUCGCGCAGUCGGGACAAGGCGAUUGCUGCCGCUUACUUUGAGGAAUGUGGCAACUUCAAGCAUGCCGUGGAACUGUAUCAUCGGGCUGGCAUGCUCCACAAGGCACUGGAAAUGGCCUUUGAAUCCCAACAGCCGGAGAUACUCGAGAUAAUUGCCACGGAAUUGAAUGCGGAAUCAGAUGCGGAGCUGAUUAAUCGCUGUGCGGAUUUCUUUACGAGCAUCGAGCAGCAUCAGAAGGCGGUACAAUUGCUGGCCAAGACCAAGCACCUGGAGCGUGCCUUGAAUAUCUGUGUGGAGAAGGGAGUACCCGUAACCGAGGAGCUCGCUGAAAUGCUCACUCCCAGUAAAGCGGAUCUCACGGAAGCCACCCGUUUGGGCAUCCUGGUGCAGUUGGGGGAACUGUUGCAGCAGCAGGGCGACUAUCACAGUGCCACCAAAAAGUUUACACAAGCCGGUGAUAAAGCCAGAGCCAUGAAAUCACUUUUGAAAUCGGGUAAUACCGAUAAAAUCAUUUUUUUUGCCACAAUGUCGCGACAACGUGAGAUUUACAUUAUGGCCGCCAAUUAUCUGCAAUCUCUGGACUGGCAAAGUGAUCCUGGCAUCCUCAAGCACAUCGUUAGCUUCUAUAGCAAGGGACAAGCCUUCGAUUCCCUGGCCAAUUUCUAUGCCAUCUGUGCUCAGAUCGAAAUCGAGGAGUAUCAGGACUAUGAGAAGGCCUUGAUUGCCAUGCAGGAGGCGGCCAAGUGCCUCGAGAAGCUCAGCCACGCCCAGCACGCCUACAACAAUCUGCAACGCACUGUGGCAGAUGUGAAGACCAUUCUGGAGAUGCAACAGGCGCUACGAGCUGGCGAUAAUCUGGCCGUCAUUGCAGCUUGUCGCUCCAUGCUAAUUAAGCCAGAGUUGCCGCCCAUACGCCACGCCCACAUACUGGCCAUGCUGGUGAGGGCUUUGGUCUAUGCCAAUCAGUUUCCCGAAGCAGGACGAGCCCUAAAGGAACUGGCUGUCAAGGAUAAUUCGUGGAGUGCCUCCGGUCUAGUGGAUAGAGCCUUGGUACAACGUGUGGCCAAGGAAUGUGAUUUGGAUUUCGAACUCAUCUGGAAUUCAGGACGUCAAGUUAACGUCUCGACAACGGCAACGGCAGCAUCCACAAUAUCAAUGACAACAACAACAAGAACAACAAAUACGACGACAACAACAACAACAACAUCGACAAGUGAUGACGAGGCGGAUGACGAGGAAAUCAGGGAGGAACUGCACUAAUCACCAACAACUAGUCAUAUAUUUAUCUACUAUUCACACCAAGUCAAAGUCCAAUUUACCUAUAUGUAUAUCAAUAUAGAAUGGAGUCUGGUUUAGAGUGAUUCCCUCUUAUACUUUUCCCAAGGUGAUUUUACUUUUAAUUGAAUCAACAAGUGAAAGUAAUAAAUGCAAUUAUCUAUUCAA